AUGCUAGAAAUCUGCAGAAACUGGUGGCGACUGCAAUCGGGCCUGAAGAAGGUAAUGUCGGAUCCGCAACCAUUUCUGGAUCAACUUUAUCGUCUUCGGAAUCUGCAAGCCAUGUUCCAGAUUCUGGUGGAGAUGACUGAAGAGGUUUGCUUGGUCUUCAGAUUCGUGUUCCUCUGCUAUUUGAUGCGAAAUGUGUGGAGUGGCAUUCGGGUCGGUUAUAUGCUGGUCCGAGUUUUUCUCGGACACAGUGCCAUUGAAUCGGAACUAGAGUAUCUGCAGAUGGUAUUUGUCACCUGUAUACAGCCACUGCUCUUUUCCCUGAUGAUGAACUCCCUGACCCACACCACGGAUUCCCUAUUGGAGACCACAAAGGCGGUGAUCAGGGGUCUUCAUAGUCAAGAUGUGCAGAUGGAGCGAAGUAUGGAGUGGUUUUCCUUGCAACUGGCGGAGCAGCACACUUAUGUUCACAUUUUCGGGACUUAUCGCAUGAAUCGCAGCUUGGUUUUCGACGGAUGCUCGGUUAUUCUGCUCCAUGUCAUCUAUAUGGUGCAAUGCGAGUACAGUUCCAUGUUUUAG